AUGGCUAACUCAGUAACUGCGGUGACGGGGAUAUUAUCACUCUUCCUAUUUCUUUCUUCCAAAUCUUUUGGGAACUUCCCACUUCAGGCCAAUCUCAGCAUAGAGGAGCGCUUCCUCCUGCUGGGCUUCUCCGACUGGCCAACCCUGCAGCCCAUCCUCUUCGUCCUCGUCCUUCUCUGCUACCUGCUCACCCUGGCGGGCAACUCGGCGCUGGUGCUGCUGGCAGUGCGCGACCCGCGCCUGCACACGCCCAUGUACUACUUUCUCUGCCACCUGGCCCUGGUGGACGCGGGCUUCACCAGCAGCGUGGUGCCGCCCCUGCUGGCUAACCUACGCGGCCAUGCGCGCUGCUUCCCGCGCUCCGGCUGCCUGACGCAGCUGUUCGCGUCGCUGGCGCUGGGCUCGGCCGAGUGCGUGCUGCUGGCCGUCAUGGCCCUGGACCGCGCGGCCGCCGUGUGCCGCCCGCUGCGCUACACCGGGCUCGCCUCGCAGCGCCUGUGCCGCUCGCUGGCCGGCGCCUCCUGGCUGGGCGGCCUUACCAACUCCGCCGCGCAGACCACGCUGCUGGCAGCCCGGCCGCUGUGCGCGCCCCUCCGGCUCGACCACUUCAUCUGCGAGCUGCCCGCGCUGCUCAAGCUGGCCUGCCGCGUGGACGGGGACAACACCGAGCGCCAGAUGUUCGCCGCCCGCGUGGUCAUCCUGCUCGUGCCUUCCGCCAUCAUCCUGAGUUCUUACGGCGCAGUGGCGCGCGCUGUCUGGGGCAUGCGCUCCAGCAGAGGCCGCAGGAAAGCGUUGGGCACCUGUGGGUCCCACCUGACUGCUGUCUGCCUGUUCUAUGGCUCGGCCAUCUACACCUACCUGCAGCCUACCCACAGUUACAGCCAAAGCCGGGGCAAAUUCAUCUCCCUCUUCUACACUGUGGUCACCCCAGCCCUCAACCCGCUCAUCUACACCCUGAGGAAUAAGGAGGUGAAGGGGGCCGCUAGGAGACUCCUGAGGCAUGUGGGGAGAGGCCAAGUUGGACAGUAA